GUCCGCUCAGAGCUGAGAGGAGGAGCCUGUGGGGCGUGGGACUCUAGACAAAGAAGACAAAUGCACACUAACAGCACAUACGAGUGGAGCAAAAGCGGACAGCUGGAAACAAUCUUCAACUCCUAGGACUACUUUUUUCCUCCUGACUAACAAACUUGUAAAAAAAAAAAGGGGGAGGGUGGUAGUUGGUGUGCCAGCUGUGUGUGGAUCCAUACAAUGGCUGACGUUGGCUUCCAUAUGUUGCCUGCAGCGUGUGGAAAAGUGUGUGUGUGUUAGCAUGUUUGGGAUGGCAAAGUGGGGCAGGCUCGACCAACAGCUCUGCUCUUAGCUCUGCGCCAUGGGGGGUUGCCAUAGUUACCCCUCGGCGACCAAAGCAGACGGCAAGGCUCCUCCUGACAUCAACAAUGACAAACUGGGGAUUAACAACAAUAACCUGGAGGAGCGUCCGUACCUCCAGCAGGAGUACGUGUGCCAGCACAUCACUCAUUUGGACAUGUCCGCCCUCACGGCACUGCCGCCUGGCGUGGACCAGGCCGAGUGGCUGGCCAGCAACACCGUGACAUUUUUCAAACACAUAAACCUGUUCUCCAGUGCGCUGUCCGAGUUCUGCACACCCAGCACAUGCCCGACUGCCUGUGGUCCAGGCGACACAGUUUAUUUUUGGACCGAUGACCACGGCAGGAAGCUGAAGUGUUCCGCUCCACUUUACUUUGACUAUGCCAUGUCCUACAUUCAGGAUCUACUAACUGAUGAAGAUGUGUUCCCUACAAAAGCAGGUUCAGUGUUCCCCACAGGCUUCAUCUUUCUCGUCCAGAAGGUCUUUUUGCUGCUGUUCAGGACUCUGGCCCACAUUUACUGGUCCCACUACCGAGAGACGCUUGCACUGGGGCUGCACCCACAUCUCAACACACUUUUCACACACCUCACGCUCUUCUGCAGGCAGCACGCGCUCCUGGAUGCGCAGGACACGGAGCCACUGCGGGACCUCAUCAUGGCUCUAGGACUGCAAGGAUGAAUUUAAACAGGAAACGUGCUGGUUAGAGCUGGAUAUGAAGUUACGGUUUUAAAAGCAGUGGGUCGUUCAACAGACAAUCUUUUCAUUAUUUCUAUGACAUUGUUAUGUAUCGAGUAUUUUAACAUAACAGCGCAUUCCUAUGUAUACUGAUGCUGCUGGUUGUUCAAGUCUUCUACAUUUACAGUAUAUUUAAGAGAGCAUUUUCCUCUCAUCUGACAUACGUAACUGACAGUCCAGUCGAGAAGUAGAGAUGUCCCCAUCCGAUCUUCAGGAUUGGGAUCGGCUGCCGAUCUAUUGUAUUUUGAAGAUAGGAUAAAAUUGGCUUCCACCACAAGAUUGCGCCGAUCCGAUUUCCGUGUAACAUUCAUGACUAUGGGCCACACCGGUGUGAGACAUUAGCUCGACACAGAAGUCUUCUGUACGUUGAUUGUUUUGCAAUGUAGCAAGCGACACUGUCAAUUCAGGAGGUGCACACCAUUUUGCAUUGUUUUGUUUAUAUUUGCCUCAGCAAGCUUUGACUGUCGGGACCUCCAUUAGUACUUUUUUCCCCAAUUGAGAAAACUGUCCAUGUCAAUUCAGUUGCAUUAUUUCAAUGCUUUGAAGAGCUAUUUUCAUAACCGUAGUCAAUUCCUCAAAUUCAAAAUCUUAUCUAAAAAAAAUCUGGAUCAGAAGCCAAAAGAUGUGGAUUGGGACAUCACUAGUAGCAAGCAUUGAAUGUGCCAUCAUUUAUAACAUGUACAACCACCAUAGGAAUGUUAGACUGCAUGAUUACAGUAUACCCUCAACUUGUGUGUGUAUAUAUUCUGUGCCAGAAACACUUGUGUCUGAAAAAUAAAAAAGAGCAAAAUGUUACAGUUUAAAUAAUGUAUCUGAUAACUGGACUUGUUUCAGUUUUUAUAUUACAAAUUGACAUGCAACUUUUAUGGCGGAAAGUCCUGCUAUUGGUUUGCCAACAACGCCCCCUGCUGACACAUUGACUAAGCAUGUUACCUGCGGCACAAAAAAGGGGACCCUGGAUUACACUAAAAUAUAAAUGUAUGUUUCCAAUGUAUUCAUAUUACUUAAAAACAUGCAUCU